AUCAGGAAGGUGGACAUCCCCCCCAGAAGCUACGUGGCUAUAUAAGUGAACCUACGAAACGGAAGCUAUACAGCGAUCAGGAAAAUAGCCCGAGGUGUAGACAGCCGCUAUCUCCCGAAUUAUUUCGGAUCAUCUUUCAAACAGCAGACCAUACACCAGCAACUAUACGAGCUCUGAUGGAGGAGGAGUACCGGGUCACUGUGAGGACGGCGAUGACCCCAAACGCUGGUUCCUAUGGUACAGCCCAAGUGACGCUCCUCGGUACCCAGGCAGUGAGCCCGACUGUCUCUGUGGGCAAUGGGAAGCAGCGACUGACACCUGGUUCGGAGUGUGUCAUCACUAUUAGGACGAAAGAGUCCCUUGGAUCCGUAGCAUUGGUGCGCCUGUGUCUGGAGGGCCGGUCUGGCUUCCCUGACUUAGACUGGUUCUGCCAGGGAGUGGAGGUGGCAGCACUAUCCUCUGCUCGCAAAAGAAGGCGGCAUAUAGAAUAUUUCCCCUGCAGUAAAUGGCUGCGGACAGCAGAUGGCAGCAUCGUGCUGUGGAGUAGACGAGUUUGUAUCGUGAAUUUGGAAACUGUAAAUGUGCUGAAAGAUCACAGAGUUCAGGAACUGCAGAUCAAGCAGAAAUAUUUUAGGUGGAGCACUUUUGCUGAAGGUCUCCCACAUUGUGUGGACAUGACAAGCGUGAACCAACUUGGCCCAAACAUGAGCUACAUGCGUCAAAGCCCAGGUUCCAAUCUGCUGUAUCUCAGAGGGUUUGGGGAGAUGGCAUGUUCCUGGUCUAGUCUGGAGGACAUGGAGAUACUGUUUGCUCAUAACAGUCAGGGGAAGACCACUGCCAAGUAUGUCCAUGAUCACUGGAAGGAGGACUCCUUUUUUGGCUAUCAAUGCCUCAAUGGCUGCAACCCUCUCAUGCUUCAUCGGAUCCAACACGUCCCACCCAACAUGUCUAUCACACCUGAAAUGCUCCACCCUUUCCUGCCUGAGGACUCCUCAUUGGAGCAGGAAAUAAAGCUAGGAACUAUUUUCCUCCUUGAUUACAAAUUGCUGGAAGGUGUCCCACCUAACACAAUCAACGGGAAACAGCAGUACCUAGCAGCCCCUCUCUGCCUUCUACACUGUGACCACCAGGGGGUGCUAAAACCAAUUGCAAUUCAGGUGCAACAAACUCCCGGCCCUCAAAAUCCAGUGUUUGUUCCCUCUGACCCUGAAUUGGACUGGCUGCUGGCGAAGACCUGGGUUCGCUGUGCAGACUUCCAGUGCCACCAGCUGAUUUCUCAUUUCCUGCGCACCCACAUCCUGGGGGAAGUUGUCUGCAUCGCCACCCUCAGGCAGUUCCCAGAAAUACACCCUUUAUAUCAGCUUUUGAUGCCACAUAUCUGGUCCACUCUGCAAAUCAACAUCCAGGCGCGGAUGUCCCUCCUGGCUUCUGGCGGAGUCUUUGACAAGUCCAUCGGCUGCGGCCUGAAGGGGAUUCCGGUUUUGCUGCGGAAUGCCACGCAGCAGCUGAGCUACCGUUCUCUCUGUGUCCCAGAUGAUUUGGAAGACCGGGGCGUAGGUUCACUGCGCCAGAGCUACUACGCACAGGAUGCCCUGAGAGUGUGGGCCAUCCUCCACAGCUUUGUGUCUAACUGGGUGGACCUGUACUAUGACAGCAACUGCAAGGUCAAACAGGACGUGGAGUUACAGAACUGGAUUCGGGAGAUCUUCACACAUGGUUUUCUGGAACUCAGUCAGUCAGGAAUUCCACAGUCAUUCCAGACUAAAAUGGAACUCAGCAAGUUUGUUACCAUGAUUAUUUUCUCCUGCUCAGCAUUGCAUGCUGCAGUCAACUUCUCCCAGCUGGAAUUUAGCCUGUGGAUGCCGAACAGCCCGACAACUAUGAACCGCCCUCCACCCCAAUCCAAGGGAUCCGUAACCAUGGACGACUUCCUGUCCAUCCUGCCAGAUGUCAACGUCACAUGCAGUGUCCUGACUACCCUAUCUCUGCUAUCCCAACCAGGAGCAGACUUUAUCCCUCUGUGCCAGUACCGUGAGGAGCACUUCAGCAGUGAUGCCCCCCGCAGGCUGGUAGAAGUACUGCAGAGGGAACUGAACUCUCUUUCUGCAGAGAUAGCAGACCGAAACAGCCAACUGGAGCUCCCAUACCCUUACCUUUCUCCAGACCGCAUUGAGAACAGCGUGACCAUCUGAGACACAAAUUCCAGUGUCUUGACAGAAGUGCCAGUGAAGCUUUGCAUCCAGUUUCCACUAUUCAUUUGAACUACUUAAAUACCUUUUUUAAGAGCUUUUUCUAUGUUUUUUUAUGCUGUAUUGUUUUAUAAGGCUGCACUUCAAGUGAAUUGGCUGCACUGCAAAUGAAGUGCACUGAAUACGACUGAAUCGCACUUAUGCGAUACACGUCAUAUUAAUUUUAGCAGAUGAUUUUCUGCCUUUAACCUGCAUUAAAAGGACAUAACUCUAUAAAAGCAUUUUGCCGUUUCUUUCGACAUUCAAAGUUUGUCACUGUGGUAGGACAAUAACGUGCAUAGCGACUUUCCAUAAACCAUGUAAUGUAAAGAAGACAACUAUAUUAGCGAUAUGCAACACCGCUACGGAAUAAGUGGUGCAAAAGCAAAAAGUAGCGAUUAUUCAUUUUUGUUGGACCGAGUAAUGUACAGGAUAGAAAUGGGAGUAUUGCACGUUGCAAUAUUCAUAUUUUUCGUAUCCAUUAUUAUUGAUCAUUGAAAUUAAUUUACCCUGGAAGUGCAAUAUUGUUGAAUGAGCAGCAGCUAGUAGCAGCUGAGUAAAGGAACAUAAAGACAGCGUGUAUAUACAGCAUGACCAUGAUAAAGAGCUAAACAAGGGAGCAGUUGCUUUUGUAAAAUAAGAGCGGAGGUGGUAUGACUGGGGAAUCGUUUAUAGUAAUGGUUACGACAUGUUUGUAUCUUUAAGUUGGCAUUAACUCACAAGCUAAUAAAUAGGUGAGAACUGGCAGAUGCUACUGAGCCUGU